AUGACUCCCUCCAGGAGCCGCCUAGACGACACAUUCAAGUCGCUUCUCACGCGUCGAGAGCACCAAGGCCGUCUGCGUCGCCUGACUCUCCGUGAACCGGGCGUGGUGGACUUCUCAUCCAACGGCUACUUGUCUCUCUCGACAAACCCGCAUGUCAGGACGGCUUACAUUUCACAUCUUCAGAGCUCAAAUGAAUUCUCGUUGGGAUCAUGCGGAUCGCGGUUAUUGGAUGGCAACAUGGCUCCCGCAGAGAAUCUAGAGUCUCAAAUCGCCCAAUUUCACGGCGCACCGGCGGGUUUACUUUUCAACUCGGGCUUUGAGGCAAACACGGGCCUGUUCAGCUGCGCGCCGCAGCCUGGCGAUUACGUCGUGUACGACGAGCUGAUACACGCCAGUGUCCACGACGGGAUGAAGCUGAGCAGGGCGCGGGCCAUGCCGUUUGCGCACAACUGCGUGGACCGGUCUGGUCUGCAGGAAUCCUCUGGGCCAAGACCCCUGGACGCGGUGUUGAGCGACUUGCUCAGGGGACAAGACGGCCACAAGGUGAGGAGCGGGCAGACAAACGUGUUUGUUGCGGUAGAGGGCGUAUACAGCAUGGAUGGUGACGCCGCUCCACUCGAGCAAAUUGUCGAAUGCGUGGAGAAGCAUCUCGCUCGAGGCAAUGGGCACAUAAUUGUUGACGAGGCGCACUCAACCGGUUGGAUGGGCGAGAGAGGAAGGGGUCUCGUGUGCCAGCUGGGGCUGGAGGAGCGAGUAUGGGCGCGGGUGCAUACGUUUGGAAAGGCAAUGGGUUGCGCUGGAGCUAUUGUUCUUUGUACGCCGGCUACCCGGUCUUAUCUGAUCAACUACGCGCGCAGCCUGAUAUACACCACGGCAAUGGGAUACCCCAUGCUCACUGCUAUCCAAACCGUCUACGACCAUUUGAAGAGCGGACAAGCAGACGGUCUCUUGACCAACCUGAUAUCUCUAAUGCAGGAGACUCACGCUCUUCUUCUUUCCGUUUGUGAGAAACAUAAUCCUCCACCCCAACUAUUCAGAAUCAACACCUCCCCGCCGGAAUCACCAAUCAUUCCCCUAUUCUCGGCACAAUCAAGGAGUUUGGCUCGACACUGUCAGCAGAGAGGGUACAUGGUGCGCCCCAUCGUUGCGCCGACAGUUCCCAAAGGCACAGACCGAGUACGGCUAUGUCUUCAUGCCGCAAAUACAGGCUCCGAGGUCCGUGGUUUGUGCAUGGCCAUUGAGGAGUGGCUUGAGCAGCAACAUGCAAGAGACUUGUCUCCGCGGGUUGACGGGGCGCAACUACCAUUAGUCGGCGAUUUAACAUCACUACCGUUGAACGAGCCGAGCAAACUAUAA